UGGUCUAAUUAGGAUUUCCAGCCGCAAACGACAUAUCCGCCCCGAAUGACUCUAUUCAAACUGUCUCGUGCCAAAAAAAAGAAGUACAUAAGCCAGGAACAGAGCUUUACCCACAGCUGCGCCUAAUAAUACGUAAUUGUGGGGCGCGUGCCUCGCCGCGCAGUCUUUCCGACGGAGUAAAAAAAGCGAAGCAACUCUACUUUAACGGGGAAAGCGAUAACAGGUCGUCCGAAUUCGCCCGUUGUCCCGUGUCAUUUGCCGCGAUGGCAUCGGUCCUGGGAAACAGCAGCCGCUCUUCGGGCACUCUUGGCAACCCGCUGAAAUGCAAGUUCAAAAGAAGGAGGCGGAGGAGAUCAAAGAAAACAGGAAAAGUCAGCAUGUGGUCUUCGCUCGUCGGUCCUUUCAGGCACUUCAGUCCUGGGGAGGACGAGGACAGUCUGAGCACCAGCAGCACCGAGGUGAAGGAGAACCGCGAUUUCGGAAACAUCGACGACCGCGCCGUCGCCCCCCACUGUCGCCGCCACCGCCGUCAAUCGCCCUGGCGCUGGGACACGCCCGGGGGCGGGACUUCCUGUGCGAAGAGGAAGCGGCCGCUGGUGGAGGAGGGGGCCGGUGGCGGCGGGGGCGGGGGGGCGGCGCACAGGAAGUGCUCUUGGCGCGCGGCGCAGAAGAACGCGGUGGUGCAGCUGAACGAGCUGCGCCCGGGCCUGCGGUUCGAGGUGGUGUCCCAGACGGGCCCCGUGCACGCCCCCGUCUUCGCCGUGCGCGUGGAGCUCCACGGCCUCGCCUUCCUGGGAGAGGGCCCCACCAAGAAGCAGGCCAAGAUGCGGGCGGCCGAGCUGGCCCUCCGGUCCUUCGUCCAGUUCCCCAACGCCUCGCAGGCGCACCUGGCCCUGGGCGCCCCCGGGGGACCCCCUCCCGACUUCACCUCCGACCGGGAGGGCUUCCCCGAAACGCUCUUCAAGGGGUUCGAGCCCCUGUUGCUGGGCAACGCCGUCCCCCGCCUGAGGCCUGCCGCCGAGGAGCCGCCCCCCGCCGCCGCCUGUCGCCGCGGGAGACCGGCCUGCCACGCCCUGGAGCUGAGGCGCGUCCCGGCGGCCAGGCCGGGGCACUGCAGGACGGCGCCCCCCGCUGGUCGGGCGGAGACGCCCGUGGUGCUCCUGAACGAGCUGCGGCCCGGGCUGAGGUACGCCUGCCUGGCGGGGGGCGGGGCCCGGGGGCGCGGCCAGGCCGGGGGGAGGGGCGGGGCCAGGGGCGGGGCCGAGAGGAGCUUCGUCAUGGCGGUCCGGGUGGACGGGCGGAUCUUCGAGGGGUCGGGGCGGAGCAAGAAGCUGGCCAAACGGCAGGCCGCGCUGGCAGCGCUGCAGACUCUCUUCAGCGCCCGGCUGCCCCCCCCAGAGAAGAUGCCCUGCCAGCCCCCCAGCAGGAGGAAAGGCCUGCUGUUACCACAGGAGUUGGCGGAUGCCAUAUCGCGCCUGGUGAUGGAGAAGUACCUGGAGCUGGCAGAGAGCUGCACCCACCUGUGUGCCCGGCAGAAAGCACUGGCGGGAAUCGUGAUGACCAGAGGUUUGGACAUCAGACAAGCUCAGGUUGUGGCGCUCUCGACCGGCACCAAAUGCAUCAACGGCGAGUACAUGAGCGGCCAGGGGCUGGUGGUGAACGACAGCCACGCAGAAAUCAUCGCCAGGAGGGCGCUGCUUCGGUUCUUAUACACGCAGCUGGAGCAGCUUCUGAGUAAAGAAGAAGACGAGCGGCAGCGCUCGAUCUUCAUCCGGCAGAAAGAGGCGGGAUGUCGGCUGAGAGACGGCGUCUUGUUUCACAUGUACAUCAGCACGUCGCCCUGCGGAGACGCGCGGCUCAACUGUCCCUACGAAGUCCCCGCCGACCCGUACCGAGCCCAGCGAUUCGCCAGGCGGCUCCACCGCCGGCUGCGGACCAAGAUCGAGUCCGGGGAGGGCACGCUCCCCGUGCGCGCCCACGCGCCCGCCCAGGCCUGGGACGCCGUCCUGCAGGGGGAGCAGCUCGUCACCAUGUCCUGCACCGACAAGAUCGCGCGGUGGAACGUUCUGGGAGUGCAGGGCUCUCUCCUCUCUCACUUCCUGGAGCCCGUUUACCUGUCCAGCCUGACGGUGGGGAGCCUCCGGCACACAGGUCACCUGUCCAGGACGGUGGCCCAUCGGCUGGACCGCAUCGGCCACCUGCCGGCCCCCUACCGGCACAACCGGCCCCUCCUCGGCUGCCUCGGCAGCACCGAGGGGCGGUGGGUGGGGAGGUCGCCCUGCUUCAGCGUCAACUGGACGGCGGGCGACGCCCAGCUGGAGGUGAUCAACGCCUCCACGGGCCGGAGGUGGGACUCUGGGGCGUCGUCGCGGCUCUGCAAACACGCCCUCUUCGCCCGCUGGGCCGGGCUCCACAGCAAGCUUGGCGCAAACUUGCCGAGCCCUGCCGGGAUGCCGCUGAUGUACUGUGAGGCCAAGCAGGCGGCGGCGACCUACCAGAGUGCCAAGCGCCAAUUGGUCAGAUCUCUGCAGGAGGCGGGGCUUGGGACCUGGAUCAGGAAGCCACCGGAACAGGAGCAGUUCCUGCUGCACGCGUGAGAGAGAGCGAGAGAGAGACAGGGCCGGGAGGGCUGGCUGCUGACUCUGCACCAGGGCAACUCACUGAUUGGUCACUGACUGAUUGAGACAACUUUCUGAUUGGUUGGGACCACUCACUGACUGGUUGAGGCAACUCACUGAUUGGUUGGGGGCAAGUCACUGACUGAUUGAUGCAACUCACUGAUUGGUUGAGGCAACUCAUUGAUUGGUUGGGCCCCCCCCCUUCCCCACCACCUCCUCAUCAGUGACCACCAGUUGCUCUCUCCUUCACCAACGGACAACAAAAAGAACAAGGUUGCAUCAUGCUGUUCGGUGAACCUAGUCACUGCCCCCCCCACUGUCAACUGCAGGGGUUUUGGGGGCAGUCCCAUAGGCAGAGGGGGGUCAAGGAGGGGGGGGGGGUCACCUUCCCUCAGACGAGUGGUGAACCGCCAGGUGGGACCCUUCGGAUUUCAGAACCCCAGGGUCAGCCUGUGAGGAGACUGUGAGACGGGCGUAUGGGACGGGGAGGGUGGGGGGGGGGGGCACAGACUGGCCCUCAGACGCAUGUAGCGUUGCUCCCCUCUGGCCCCCCUCUGCAGGUAAGAGAAGAACACGGGUGAUUGUUGCCGUGGCGAUCCGGCUGUGCUGUGCGCCUGUUUUCUGGGGCCUGAUCACCGCUUUUGUUUGCGCUCUCUCUCCCUCUCUCUCGCUCUCCCUCUCUCCCUCUCUCUCGCUCUC